UCCAGCCUGUGCUUCGUCGGACAGGUUCACAAUGAUGCACGCAGCCCUGAGUAUCUGGAUCUUGUCAGCAGUGAUCUGCGUGGGGCGAGGCCAUCACCACAUAGGUCAUGUCACCGUCGAAGAUCCGGCAGAACAAGACACUGCACUCAGCUCCAACAGCAUCUCACGGGUGACUGCAGCAAACAAAGAGUUCUCCUACCGUCUGUACAGGAAGCUGGCAGCUCAUGCUGACUCGCAAGGCAAAAAUAUCUUCUACUCCCCAGUUAGCGUGUCUGUUGCCUUGGCUGCCUUGUCCGUAGGAGCUCGGGGGGACACCCACCGGCAGCUCCACAGUGGUCUGGGUUUCAACAACACCCUGCUGACGCAGGCAGAUGUAGAUCAGGCCUUCCAGGUGCUCCUCAAUCGGGCUAACACCACAUCUAGUGAAGACAUCAGUGCGGGGACCGCCGUCUUCGUGGACAACAGCUUCAAGCCUCGGCCCGAGUUCCUGGAGACCUUGAAGCAGUCCUACUUUGCAGAUGGGUUCAAUGUUGAUUUCACCAAAACCGUGGAAAGCGCCAACACCAUCAAUAAGUAUGUGGAGGAGAAGACCAACGGGAAGAUAGACGAGCUGGUCGGCAACCUGGAUCCAAGCACGGUCAUGUAUCUCAUCAGCUACAUCUACUUCAAAGGAAAGUGGGCGACUCCAUUUGAUCCUGAGCUCACCAAGCAGGACAUGUUCAUGGUGGACGAGAACACCAAGGUUCCAGUGCAGAUGAUGAAUAAUGAGGGACGCUUUGAUACAUAUUACGACCAGGGGAUUAACACAUCAGUCCUCCACCUUCCCUUCAACAGCACCUACUCCAUGCUGCUGCUGCUGCCUGACGAUAUGGCAACACUGGAGAACACCAUCUGCCCGGGUCAUGUCACCAAAUGGCUGAAGUGGAUGAAGCCCAGGACGUAUGACGUAUUUGUUCCAAAGUUCUCCAUCAAGAGUUCCUACAAACUGAACAACGUGUUGACUGAAAUGGGAAUGACAGACAUGUUUGGCGAUCGUGCAGACUUGAGCGGCAUUGCAGAGGGGCAAAAGCUGGCAGUCUCAGAGGUUGUGCACCAAGCUACCCUGGAUGUGGAUGAGGCCGGAGCCACCGCUGCAGCCGCCACAGGCAUCGGCAUCACACUUCUGUCCUUCCGCCACGUCCCAGUCAUGAAGUUCGAUCGUCCAUUUAUGGUUGUCAUCGCUGUCCGCGACACAGAAAACGUCCUCUUCAUGGGAAAGAUUAUCAACCCGAACAUCUGAUGGAAUAAACACUGUGUUUACACAAACACAGCUGUUGCAUCACUUAUAAAAUACUAAGAAAAACAUUUGUCCUGUGGUCUCUUGCUUUAUGAAAAUAAAAGACAAUAAAUUCAGGGACUGUGGAGCAUUUUUAAA